GGGGGUCAGUCCUGCCCGAUCGCGCUAAGAGGGGCACGUGGGGUGUUGUGUUUUUGGAAACGCAGAGGAGCGAGCAAGCUGCCUGGCCUGUAGCCCUUCGCCCCGGCCGAGGAGAUGACCAACCAGUACAGCAUCCUCUUCAAGCAAGAGCAAGCCCACGAUGACGCCAUCUGGUCGGUGGCCUGGGGGACCAACAAGAAGGAGAACUCGGAGACGGUGGUCACGGGGUCCCUGGACGACCUGGUGAAGGUCUGGAAAUGGCGUGACGAGAAGCUGGACCUGCAGUGGAGCCUGGAGGGGCACCAGCUGGGCGUGGUGUCCGUGGACAUCAGCCACACGCUGCCCAUCGCCGCCUCCAGCUCCCUGGACGCCCACAUCCGGCUCUGGGACCUGGAGAACGGCAAGCAGAUCAAGUCCAUCGACGCGGGACCGGUGGACGCCUGGACGCUGGCCUUCUCUCCCGACUCCCAGUACCUGGCCACAGGCACGCACGUGGGGAAGGUGAACAUCUUCGGGGUGGAAAGCGGGAAGAAGGAGUAUUCCCUGGACACGCGAGGGAAGUUCAUCCUCAGCAUCGCCUACAAGGGGCCACGCUCUUUCUGUGCGCAGAGCCCCGACGGGAAGUACCUGGCCAGCGGAGCCAUCGACGGCAUCAUCAACAUCUUCGACAUCGCGACCGGGAAGCUGCUGCACACGCUGGAAGGUACGGCCGCUCGCAUGCCCAUCCGCUCCCUGACCUUCUCCCCGGACUCCCAGCUCCUCGUCACGGCCUCGGACGACGGCUACAUCAAGAUCUACGACGUACAACACGCCAACUUGGCGGGCACCCUGAGCGGCCACGCGUCCUGGGUGCUGAACGUGGCCUUCUGUCCGGACAACACCCACUUUGUCUCCAGUUCGUCGGACAAAAGUGUGAAAGUCUGGGAUGUCGGAACGAGGACCUGUGUUCACACCUUCUUCGACCACCAGGAUCAGGUCUGGGGAGUGAAAUACAAUGGAAACGGCUCCAAGAUCGUGUCCGUUGGAGACGAUCAGGAAAUUCACGUCUACGACUGCCCCAUUUGACCGUCUUCCUCGAAAGACUGAACUUCACAUUCCUGCCUUUAGCUGAAAGGCACAGCCUCUGUCCUGGCAGAGCCCUACGCCGUGUAGAUACGACAUAAAUAUUUUCACGUUUUACUGGAA